AUGCCUUUCGUCGCGAUGCUCGACCGCCGAGCCCGUCACAUGAGCGAACCCGAUGACCAAGUUUUCGAUCUGUCGAGACGCGUCGAGGAAAUCCCGGUCGAAGAGGAUGCAGGUGCCAUUCGAAGCAUUGAAAGCGCUACGCCGGCGUUGCUUGGUAAACCUCACGGGUCAAGUGGCCGACAUGGUGACGCUACGAAAAGCUUAACGGUCCUGUACCUGAGCGCUUUAGUUCCGCCUGCCUUCCGGGCCUUUGCGGCUUUCAACCGUAUAGAGGCCAUCAUCUUCUUUUCCGUUCCCCGACGCGGUGAAAGUGGCCAUCGUGACGAUGCCCUGGUCGAGAGCAUAAAGUGA